AUGGUGGCUCAUCAACCAAGCUCCCCACUGGAUGCUUCAUCGCCCACUGAAGGAAAUGUCCGCAAGAGAGUGUGCAAGGCCUGCGACAGAUGCCGACUGAAGAAGUCCAAGUGUGAUGGAGCAAAUCCAUGCGGGAGAUGUAAAACAGAUAAUGCGAUCUGUGUGUUUGGCGAGCGGAAAAAGGCUCAUGAUAAAGUAUACCCAAAAGGAUAUGUCGAAAUGCUAGAGCAACAACAGGCACAGCUGGUUACUGGCCUGCAAGCGCUCUACAAAUUGACACUGGAAGGAGAGGGAUGGCCCGGCGGCCCCCUCAAGAAAUCAGGAAAUGGUCAUCCACUCACACACGAUAUUCUCGAGCGAUUGGGGGCUCUAAAGCAGGAGGGUCAUUCGAUUGAUGAGCCAUUUGAGGACGAUAUUCAGUUGGUGCAGAAGAGGCUGAUAGCGAAUGGUGCUGGAUUGAUGCAACGGCAGGAUUCCUCGGACGGAUCGGAAAGUGAACGGUCGCCAACAUUUCCUGCGAGACCAUCACCUUUCGAAGCCCCUUACUCCUUAAAUCAUAAUCCAUUUCCACCAACUCCCCCCAGUCCAAAUAUUUUUCCUGUGCGAGCACAUCAGAUACAAGAACAUAUGCUGGAUGUUAUGGCGCCACAACAGCAGCAACAUCAAUUCGCGCUACAGCAGGAGCAGCAGCGACAGCAGGAGCAAAAUAAGGAGCUUUUCCGCAACAAUUUUCAUCAAAAGACACUGAGCCAUAAUCAACGAUUUCAAGGACAGCAAACGGAAAUGCAACGACAGCAGCAGCAGCAGCAGCAACAACAACAACAGCAGCAGCAGCAGCAACGACAGCAACGACAACAGCGGCAACAGCAAACACCACAUGACUCUCAGCAGAGGCUCCCUCAACCUCCCGCGCCGAAUCCCCCAAUAUUCUUUAAUAGUUCGGGGGUUCAACCGUCAAUGAACCCCAAUCUUUUUCAACAGCAGCAGCCAUGGCCUCAAGGGGGCGGGCUGGAUGAUGCUAUGGACAUCACGUCCCUCAAUGUCCCUCCAAUGUCCUUUGAAGCUUUGCAACAAGCGCAGGCGUUUUGUAGACCAGUUGCUCUUGCCGGAGGUCUAAAUUCAUGUCUUCCGAUGCAGCACGACUGGACUGAGGAUGCAGACUUCAAAGCGUUUUUAAAUCCUACUGCUACAAUGAUAUAA